AUGCCACCCCCUACUGCACUCUUUCCCACCCUCACAGUCUCCCUAUCCUCUCCCGAUGAUAUCCUCCUUGAACCUACCAGUCCUCCGCUCAUUCUGCCGAUACUCGACAAGCGACAGACAUACGUCACAGUCUCAGUGGUGAAUAAUACCACUAAUGAUUCGACCACAUCAGAGAAAUCAUCAGGUUUCCCAGUUGCCAUUGCCAUCCCUGCGUUGAUUGGUGGUAUGGCCUUGGCAUUGGCAGGGUUCGGUAUUUGGUGGUGGUGGACUAGGAAGGUCAAGAGGGAACGAAGGGAAGCUUGGGAAGCCCGUCAACGAAGAAAGAGGAAGAGGGCCGAACAAUCUGCUCGACCAUCCGUAUCUUCAGCUACUCGAACUCCUCCCUCUGGUGGACAAAAAUCACCAAUCAAUGAAAAAGGUUUCGUACCUCCUUUACCUACUUUACCUAAACAUGCUGCAACCCAAGAUCCAUACAAGGAACGCGGAUAUGGAUAUUCAGGACAACAUCAGCAAGUACCACCACCAUCAUCUCAGGUGGGAGGUGCGUUUGGAUAUGCUACUCAACCUGGAUUAGAACCUCAACAAGCCUCAUAUGGAUAUGACCAGUACGGACAACCCAUUAUCCAACAACAACAACAGCAGCCACAGCAGUAUGGACAUUCCCGAGUGGGAUCCAACGAUUCUACCAAUCCUUCUAACCCAUUCUCCAAUUCUAACUCUGCCGUUCCGGACUUACCACCUACUUCACCUACUAAAGAAGAACCACAACCUUCUGGUAAAACCGAAAAAUCAUCGAAAAGAGCACAGGCCAGGAUGAACAUUGCUGAUUCUGCUGCCGCCAAUGCAUCGGUUGAUCCUGCCUAUAGACAUCAACCUAAGAAACCUUCUCCACUGGCUUUGGCGGCUGCCGAGCGUAAAGCCGCUGAAGCAAGGAUGGAGAUGGAAUAUCUUGCUCCGCCUGGUGCCGAACAAACACUACCAGCUUAUGAUAGUGGGAAUGCCCCGGGUGCCAAUCGAGCCACGUCGGGUGAAUGGGGUGUAGCGUUAGGUUCGCCAAAUAACGAUGGUCAAUUCGAUUUCAACCGCCAACAGCAACAGGGACAAUACGAUGAUAAUGUUGGUACACACGAAGAUCCAUAUUUACAAGCUCAAAGAGCUAAAAGUGGGAUGUACACUGAAGAUCCAUAUGCUUCGUACCAUGGUGAUAUUGGUGAUGAUGAUGAUGUUUACCAUAAAGCUGCGGAGGGUAUGGGUCUAGGUGCUGGAAAUGUUACUACAAGUAGUACUCCAAAGAAAUCCAGAUGGGUAUAG